CCCACUUUCUUAUUCGCUCAGAGAGAGAGAGAGAGAGAGAGAGUCUGAGAAAAAUGGUGGGACCGGCGAGGCCUCAGUUUGUUCUAUUCGGAUCCUCCAUAGUCCAGCUCAGCUUCAUCCACGGCGGUUGGGGCGCCAUUCUCUCCGACCUCUACGCCCGCAAAGCAGACGUAUUGCUGCGUGGUUACUUCGGAUGGAAUUCACGGCGUGCUGUAGAGGUGCUUGAUCAAGUUUUUCCCAAGGAUGCAGCUGUUCAACCUUCUUUGGUGAUAGUCUAUUUUGGCGGUAAUGAUUCUAUGGGGCCUCAUCCAUCUGGGCUAGGACCUCAUGUACCACUGCCUGAGUAUGUCGAGAACAUGAGGAAGAUUGCAACUCAUCUCCAGAGCCUUUCUGAGUCAACACGCAUCAUUAUUCUUAGUUCACCUCCUGUGAAUGAGGCUACGAUUCGUGCAAAUAAAAGUCCGUAUCUCAGCGAGUUAGUAAGAACGAAUGAGCUAUGCCAACAUUAUUCAGAAGCUUGUAUAAAGCUAUGCCAGGAAAUGGAUAUCAAGGUGGUUGAUCUAUUUACAGCAAUACAGAAAGGAGAGAACUGUUUUACAGAUGGGAUUCAUUUAUCAGCUGAAGGGAGCAAAAUAGUGGCGGAGGAGAUACUAAAAGUACUGAGAGAAGCUGAUUGGAAUCCAAGUUUACACUGGAAAUCCAUGCCAACAGAAUUUGCAGAGGAUUCACCAUAUGAUCUCGUUGCGGCCGAUGGAUUGACGACGUUAAAUCCCUCAGAAUGGACGUUUUAUAGAGACCUUCACUGGAACUCUCUCUAAAAAAAUAGAAAUAUCAGCUAAAGAGAGUUCCAGUGAAACUCCUUAAAAUAGAGAGCACCUCUUAGGGGCUGUGUAGUUGCAUAUUGAACUCUAAACUCAUGCAGUAUUGCACGGAACACAAGUUUGAUCACGGUGCUGCUCAUAAUGUAGCUCAACAUUAGUCUCAUUAUAUUUAAUGCGUCUGCAAUUUGGUUCUAGUAGAGUUAUAUUCUAGGCAUAGCUUGGUAAAAGACUUGAUUUGUAACAGACUACUGUUCCUUUCCCAUAUUGACAAUCAU